UGUGGAUUAAAGCUGCAGAACCCCUAAAUUACUUCCCUUCAGCAGUCCACAACACGAUAACGAUAGUGCGCAAAGGGCAGCCCCGGCACAGCAACAUGGAGACCCAGCCGUGCAUUCUUUACUACGACCGGCGUUCCAUCUGCAGUUCGAUGGUGCGGUAUACUCUUGCCAGUGCGGGGUUGCCAGGCAAGAAUUUCUCGUCCCUCUCUACAGAGCCGCGGGAGAUCGACAUUUUCAACGGCGAACAGCUAUCCGAGUCAUAUCUGUGCGAGGUGAAUCCUAAAGGACAGGUCCCGGUUCUGCUGAGUCCAGGUUUGCUCGAAAAGCCGAUCACCGACAGCCUCGACAUCACACUCUGGCUGUGCGAGCGACAUCCUGACCUCAGACCUUCAGAAUAUGCAGAUGACAUCAACAGACUGCUUCGCGAUCUGCACGCCAUCAACUUUUUCACGCUUUCCAUGAGAAACCGUCCACAACGAGCCGAGCUGCUGGAGGGGGCGAUUCGCGCCAAGAUGGACACACCGGACCUCUCAGCCAGGCAUAAGAAAGCCCUGGAGUACAAGUUGACUGUAACCCGGUCAGAGAAAGUCGAGGGAGUGCGCCCUGAGGUCAUCACGGAGGAGACCGAACGUGCGCGAGCGCUCCUCAACGACAUUGACGGGACCAGACGUGGCCAUAACGGCGAGGGAUUGAGGGCCGAUGCGUGGAUCUUUGGCACGGCGGCUCCCACCGCGCUGGACACCACCUUGAUUUGUUUCCUGGCCAGGCUGAUGGACGUCCAGUUGGAAGAGAUCAUCCCAUCGGCUUUGUUGGAGAUGGGGCGGGCGGCGAGGGAGACGGACAAGUUCAAGGGGAUCUGGACGUCGUUGUGAUCUCGAGAGCUCAAGACACUGCUCUGACGGGCGAUGAAGACGGAAACGAGUCCGUUCCAUAGACGGGGCAACCGACCACCAGGGAAUCUGCUGAUGGCUUUGAUGCCGAGAGGAAUGACUCCGGACGGAGAUGUGCCGACGACGGCGGCGUCUCCUCCGAGCCCCUUGUCCGCUUCAGCCUUGCGCAGCCUCGUUCCCUUCAGUGCAAGAACAGGAAUCGUGGUACAUAGUAGUUCACAGACGCCCAUCUCCAUCCAGC